CUAACUCCCCUUUUCCUUUUCUUUUUUCUUUUUCAAAAUUUACCAUUUCGCAUUUUUUAAAAUUAUAAAAUUAAAAUUAAAUAACUAAACACUCAUAUUUCUAAAAUACCCUCUUUCCUACUCCUCUUCUUCAGCCGUAAUUCCAAGAUAUGGACGGCGGCCUUAACAAGAUCGCCACCCCACUCAUCCUCCUCUUCCUUCUCAUUUUCUUCUUCCUCCUCGCUCAGAUUCUAUACAUUCUCUAUCGCCGCCGGCGUCUUCAACGCCUCGGUGGUGCUGAACCCAACCAAAAGUGCUUCUACCUUUUUUGGAGGAACCAAUCGCGGAUCCAACCUAAAGAAAUCCCCUCCAUUUCUAAAAUUGAUGGUCAUUCCUCCGAAGGGGCGGUGGUGGUGGUGGUGGAGACAGCGGAAGACGAGUUGACGAAGUGGCAAGAACUGUGCGGACCGUCAAGAACGCUUUUCACUAUCAAGGAAGAAGAAGAAGAAAGAGAAGGAAUAAUCGAAUGUUUCGAGUAUAAUAAUCCUUUUCCUAAACUCAAAACGGAUGAAGAUACAACGCCCUUCCAUACUCCAUGUGCUUCUCCUCCCUACCUCACCCCCUCCUCGUCCCCUUCUCGUGACUUUCCGGCAGAUAGAGGUUGUCCCGACGACAAUAUGACGACGCCCUUUUCGGCUAUUCAAAUUACCACUCACUGAUUAGAGAUUACGUACGACGACGACGACUCUGAUGGACGACAUGUCGGUUCAGGGAACAGCAUUUGCAUGACACGCCACGUCAGCUUCGUUCCGUUUAAAAAUAAGGAAAAAAGUAGGCCCCAGGUGGACCGUUGGAUUUGACACCUCUUUGUCAUUUACUAUUUUACUAUUUUACUAUUUUAUCUUUUACUUUUUGCUUUUCACCGGUAUCUGUGCUAAUCUGGUGUGGGGAGGUGUAGGUGACCAUUGCUUUUUCCUAUGCUAGCGUGGCGGUUUUCAACCAUGUGUCUAUUCGUGGGCCCUGUUAAUGUUUCGGCCCAAAUAUCGGCCCAUAUAUGAAGGUUUGUGGGGGAGGGGAACGUUUAUUGAAUAUUGAUCGUUGAUUUUACCAGUGAUCUUCAAUAUAAGGUUCUUUAUGUUCUAUGAUUUAA